GGGGACGCGACGAAGAUCGGCGGUAGGCUGUCGACAGGGGCUGCAGUGUGCAAGGAUGAUGGUGUUUCUCCGGCUUGCGACGUUGCUGCUCGUGUCGACCGUGCUCGCUGCACCCGCGUAUGCACUCAAGAUCCUGAUCGGAAAUGAUGACGGUUUUGGUACCGCCAACAUCCGGGCUCUCUAUCAUGCCGCCAAGCAGGCCGGACACGAUGCCUUGAUCGCUGCACCCGUGGACAAUCAAAGUGGGACAGGCGCGACACGUCGGGAGCCCAAGCCGCUGCAAAAGGACGGUGGGUUCGGUCUUGUGAAGGCUGGCUCGCCCGCCGAAGGGCACGAUGCCAAAGACGAUCACGUCUGGUACGUCAACUCCACGCCUGUUUCGAGCAUCGCGUACGGUCUCGAGGAGCUCUGUCCACGAUACUUUGGCAGCAAGCCCGACCUUAUUCUCUCAGGAACGAAUCAGGGCAACAACGUUGGACUUAGUAUCUAUUGGAGUGGAACGUACAAUGUCGCUCGAUAUGCCGUCGAGCAAGGUAUUCCUGCAAUCGCAUUCAGUGCUGGGAACCUCACCGAGCGAGCAUACACCGAGCUUGGCGGGCCCGAAGACCAGGCCAACAUCUAUGCUGCAUACGCCUUUCAGGUCGUCGAUCAGCUCCUACUGCAUCAGCAACAACAGAGGCACCAACAGUCCGACGUUCAUCACAUGCUCCUUCCCGAGUCAACUGGUCUCAAUGUCAAUUUCCCUUCGGCACCGAAGAGGGGCUGCCGGGCGGAAGACACACGCUUCGUGCUCACAAGACUCUUGGCUAACCUUGAAAGGAAUCCGGAUGCUUGCACCUGCGGCCAGCAGCGAUCAAAGGGCUGCAAGCUGCCGAGAGAAAGCAGCGUCAUUCGUGGCGAUAAUGGCUGCACCAACACGAUCAGUCUUUUCGCUCCGACGACUUUCAGCCCCGAUGCCAGCGCGUAUGAGCAGGAGCAGCUCCUCGAGACGCUCAGUGGCUUCGUCUCGUGUCUCGAUUGAAGCCGCUGUUCUAGACUUACUACCGGACACUCUCGCAAAUGGGCACAGAUGGACCAUUUUGUCGCUAUUUCUCUGAUAGAUUAGAUGGCAUGU